GACGACGGUGUCAACGCAAUUCAGGACCCCACACCGCCCUCGCCGUUGGCUGCCCCCGGCGAAGAGGCGUGCGGGGGCGGCGGGGCGGGCGCAGCUGCUUCCCCGCCCCGCGGAGGCGCCGGCCCGGCCUCGCGGCCCAGCCCCCGCCCGGCGCUCGCAGCCGCGGAGCCCAGCGCCGCCGCCGCCAUGUCUUCCGGGGCCAGCGUGAACGCUCUGCAGCGCCUGGUGGAGCAGCUCAAGCUGGAGGCCGGCGUGGAGAGGAUGAAGGUCUCUCAGGCGGCUGCAGAGCUUCAACAGUACUGUGUGCAGAAUGCCUGCAAGGAUGGCCUGCUGGUCAGGGUGCCAGCUGGGAGCAACCCCUUCCGGGAGCACAGAUCCUGCGCUUUACUCUGAAGAUUGGGAAGAAGUUCUUUGAGGAAUGCCUUCAAGUACAAAGUGAUGACGACCAUCUCCAUGUUUCAAGAAAACUUUUCUCUAGCCAAACAACUUUUAGAUAUUUCAGACCUUCCCUGUGGCCUGGUCCUAUAGCCAGAAUUCUACAGAAAUUGAUGUGUUUCUGCUCAAAUAAGGAAACUGGGUGGAAGAGUGGAUCUUUUAAAUAAUAAUGACCUGGUUCUUUUGGUGAAGUGCUUCAUACUGAAACAAAAACCCUACCACCAAAUAUACCAAAAUACAUCUCUUUCAUAAGUGAAUUACCAGUGUUUAUGUACCUGGAAUACCAUGUGUGUUUUGUUUACUGGAUGUUUACAUUUUAGGAAGGAAAACAUUUUUGUUUAUUAAAAAUUGAAUGUUUGUAAUUUGUUGUUCCUAAGAUUUUUAUACUGUAACAAAGUUUGUUCUUAUCUCAUAAAUUUAGUUUCUACAUGAAGAUAACCCAACGAUAAGAUUGAGGGGAAGAAUAGGCUUUACUAAUCAAAUGAUGUCUUGAUUUUUCUAAAAAAGAAGACCUUUUUAUUUUUAAACACUAAACACGGGAGCUGUUUCUAACAAACUUUUUUGGGAAAGAUAAAUGUAUUAUGUAUGAGGUUGCCCCAUCCUGCAUGUGAAGCAGAUUUGAUCUUUGUCUUAAGUUCCUGUAUUUUAUGAUUGUGGUUUAACAAAUACUACAUUAUUUCAUGUCUUUAAUAAAUGUUAAAAAUGUAAUCUACAUUCAAAUGGUUAAAAACAAAGUAAUGUGAAAAUAUUAUAGUCUCAAAGAAUUCUUAAUUUCACAGUGUUUUAUUUUGAUGAUGUGCCUUCAGUUUGAUUUGGGACACUUUUUAAAUGGAUACUUUGUGUUUGUAAUAAUCUCUGAAGAGUUUGGAAAUAAAAUUUCUGCUUCCUUCA